UUAGGGGCGCCCUUAAUGUAUGGAGGCCGCGGCCUGGUUCUCACUGACGGGAGAGUUGCCUUGCAGUCAGACGCCCGGGCGGGGAUUAUGGGCGAUUUUACUGUCACUGAGUGGCCAAAGCGAACUUCAUAAACCCAUUGACUUCCACAGGAUCCAUACCCAACACCGUCUGCAAGCAAACCAACUAGGUGGGCACGAAAUGGGUCCUGCAUAAACCCAAAGAAAGAUGUAACAUUACAAUAACCACAGGGACGACAGCCCUCCUAAUCAGGAAUUGCAUUGCAGGGACGAGGAAACCUCUAGUCCUAAAAUUGGUCGCAGCACAUGUAUAGAAUCGGUAGUAGAAUAAACUCCGCUGCCAUAGGUUGGUUGCGGCACAUGACUUCACAGCUGACUCCCUGGCCAUAUUUGUGGAUACCGGAGUUGCACAUGGCGCACUCAGUACCGGAGAGCAUGGAUCCAAAUGGCCCUAUUCGAGUGGAGCACGACCGAAAAAGAAGGCAGUUUUCUGUGCGGCUAAACGGUUGCCAUGAUCGAGCUGUUCUUUUGUACGAGUAUGUGGGGAAGAAAACUGUGGAUCUGCAACACACUGAAGUUCCAGAUGCCUUCAGAGGGAGAGGGAUAGCCAAACAUCUUGCUAAGGCUGCCAUGGACUUUGUCGUUGAAGAAGAUCUGAAGGCUCAUUUAACCUGCUGGUAUAUUCAGAAAUUUGUUAAGGAAAAUCCACUUCCUCAGUACCUGGAACAUUUGCAGCCUUAAUCUGGACUUCUCUGAGACUUAUUUUAUACACCAGCAUACUGAGCCCAUUGAACAGGCACUUGGAUUAAGAAAGCUCAGGGAGGAGAGAUCGCAGAACCCACCAGCCUUAGCUAUGAGUGCAGCAAAGGGAACUUUUUAUACAUACUAAAUGCAAGUACAAAUGUUUUAACACCAUCUGACAUGUCUUCAAAUUAUUUUUAUUGUGUGGCCACAAAAGGGUGCAUCUCUGGUUUCUGAUAAUCGUUUUUGUUGUAUUGGCUCUGCUUCACGUGGGGAAUAAUGUCCUGGAUUUUUCUCUCUUCUGUUCUUGGUUAUGCCUUCAUGAAUUUCACAUGGCCUUCCCAUUGCAGACAAAUAUCUCCGAAGUCCUCUGAAAGCAGAAAUGUUAUGACGCAUAUUCUUAAUUAAUGCCACUAAACAGAAAAGUGAAAAUGCCUCAAAAGAAGAUUGUGGUUGGACCUGAACAUUCCAGAAAAUAGGAUACUGUAUUAAAAACUUUAUCUGUAUUUACUUUAAACCCUUUUAAAUUCUUGAUGUCCUGUUGGAUGAUUUUUUUUUGCUGAAACCCAGUGGAUUUCUUAUUAGAAAUUCAGAUGAACUGAAAUAACAUCCCUUUUGUUUCACUUUUCUUACCAUGAUGACAUACCUCACAUAUUUAUAGGUGUUGGCAAAUAUUACAUUGAAGACUGAAGGGUUUUGUGUGACAGAUAUCGACUAACAUUUUGCUUUUGUCUACCUUUCGACAACCUUCAUACAGUUUUCUGUUAAAAAUGUCCUUUUGAUUGCUAUUCCUUUUCCCCUCCCCCUAGUAAAGGAGUUUGCUUUUAAAUCAAUGCCAAGAAUAUAAUUUAUGCACAAAUCACCAUUGAUUAGUAUACAGAAUCACAAUUAAGUUUGCAAAGUAUCCAUUAUGCUCCCUGAGCUGAUAAAUAAUGGGCCUGCUAAGCAAAGUUUAGAGACUGCAGAGUAAGUCGCUUCUAAUCGGCACUGGCGUUUGGACUCUUACUGCUGUUCAGAGGUUGUACUUGUGCAGACUGCUGAAGAACAAUAUAUCCGCAGACCCCUGAAAUAAGCAUUCAUGUCUUAGAUAGGCUUAUAAUAAUCAUGAAAGCUGUAUGUUCUGUUUAAUGUAGUGGUUUCCUUUUAAGAAAGAAAAGUGUUUAUUUCACUUGUCUGCAUGUGAAUAGCUUUAGAGUUGUGAUUAUGGGAUGGAAAGAAUGAGAAAGGACAGAGAAUCUGGUCAGUCUCCAGGUUGCAGGCAUAAUACAGUACCAAUAACCCAUCAUUUAGGACUUCAGAUGGCUGUAAAAUGAAUGCUUUUGGUAAGAUAUGCUUGAUACUACUUCCUACCACAAUAAAAAUAAUUUUGUGAA